AUGGAGACAUCUCUGCAGACCGAGAUGGUAGAGCUGGUGCCCAAUGGCAAGCCCUCGGAGGGGCUGCUCCCUGCCAGCUCACCUGCAGCUGUGCACCAACGGGCCGAGGACCCUGGACAAGGCUGUACUGAGGGCAAGGGCUUCCUACAGAAAAGCUCUGGCAAGGAGCCGCACUUCACCGACUUCGAGGGGAAGACGUCGUUCGGGAUGUCGGUGUUCAACCUCAGCAAUGCCAUCAUGGGCAGCGGCAUCCUGGGGCUCGCCUACGCCAUGGCCAACACAGGCAUCAUCCUUUUCCUGUUCCUGCUAACAGCCGUUGCCCUACUCUCCAGCUAUUCCAUCCACCUGCUUCUCAAGUCCUCAGGGAUCGUGGGCAUUCGUGCCUAUGAGCAGCUGGGCUACCGCGCUUUCGGUACCCCAGGAAAGCUGGCGGCGGCCCUGGCUAUCACACUACAGAACAUUGGAGCCAUGUCCAGCUACCUGUACAUCAUCAAGUCGGAGCUACCCUUGGUCAUCCAGACUUUUCUGAACAUGGAGGACAAAACCUCAGACUGGUACCUGAAUGGGAACUAUCUGGUGAUCCUGGUCUCAGUCACAGUCAUUCUGCCCCUGGCACUGAUGCGACAGCUCGGCUACCUGGGCUACUCCAGCGGCUUCUCCCUCAGCUGCAUGGUGUUCUUUCUGAUUGCGGUCAUCUACAAAAAGUUCCAAGUGCCCUGUCCGCUGCCCCUCAGCUCAGCCAAUGUCACAGGCAAUUUCAGCCACGUGGAUGUGAUUGAAGGGAAGGUGCACCUGCCAGGCGAGGCUGAAGCUGCAGCUCUCUGUACCCCAAGCUACUUCACGCUCAACUCACAGACAGCCUACACCAUCCCCAUUAUGGCGUUCGCCUUCGUCUGCCACCCUGAAGUGCUGCCCAUCUACACCGAGCUCAAAGACCCCUCCAAGAAGAAAAUGCAGCAUAUCUCCAACCUCUCCAUCUCGGUCAUGUACGUCAUGUACUUCCUGGCCGCCCUCUUUGGCUACCUCACCUUCUACGAUGCAGUGGAAUCAGAGCUGCUGCACACCUACAGCAAGGUGGAUCCAUUCGACGUGCUCAUCCUGUGCGUGCGGGUGGCCGUGCUGACGGCUGUCACCCUCACCGUGCCAAUCGUUCUCUUUCCAGUGCGCCGGGCUAUCCAGCAGAUGCUGUUCCAGGACCAGGAGUUCAACUGGCUGAGACACAUACUCAUUGCCACAGGCCUGCUCACGUGUAUCAACCUGCUAGUCAUCUUUGCCCCCAACAUCCUGGGCAUCUUUGGGGUCAUUGGUGCUACGUCUGCUCCCUGUCUCAUCUUCAUCUUCCCAGCCGUCUUCUACUUCCGGAUCAUGCCCACUGAAAAGGAGCCUGUGAGAUCCACUCCCAAAAUCCUGGCCCUUUGUUUUGCUCUUCUUGGACUCUUGCUAAUGACCAUGAGCCUGAGUUUCAUCAUCAUUGACUGGGUCUCGGGGACCAAACAGCCCGGAGGAAACCACUAGGGUGGCCCCAUCCUGUUGUGUCUCCACAUCCUAGCACCCCUACCCCCUUGUGCAGUGACCAGCAGCGGGGAGAAAGACCAGGCAGAAAGCAAACACUGUGGCCUUCACCCCGCCCCAUGUCCUCUCUGUGGAAGGUCUUUGUUGAGGAUCCAGG